AUGUCCCUGUCAUCAGAUAUUGAGCAAGGCCACAUUCACACUACCAAAGUGAGCCAAAGUGGUGGUAAGACCGCUUUCAAGGAUUAUUUAGGAAAGUUUGCCGAUGUUGAGGAUCCAUUGGAGAGAAGAAGAUUGGCUUUAGAGGAGAUUGAUAAAGCCGGAUUUGGAUGGACUCAAGUCAAAAUGAUUAUGAUUGCUGGUGUUGGUUUUAUGACCGAUUCUUACGAUAUCUUUGCCAUUAACUUGUCAGUUAAUUUCUUGCAAUGGGUUUACUGGAAUGGUACUAUCCCAGAUUCUACAAAUACAUUAAUCAAGGUUGCUACUUCUGUUGGUACCGUUAUUGGUCAAGUUGGAUUCGGUACUGUUGCUGAUAUUGUUGGACGUAAAAAGAUUUAUGGUUUGGAAUUAGCCAUCAUGAUUUUCGCUACUGUUGCCCAAGUUGUUAUUGGUGAAUCACCAGCUAUCAAUUUCGUUGCCAUCUUUUCCAGUUUGAGAAUAUUGAUGGGUAUUGGUAUUGGUGGUGACUACCCAUUGUCUUCUAUUAUUUCAUCUGAGUUCUCCACUACUAAAUGGAGAGGUGCCAUCAUGGCGGCUGUGUUUUCUAACCAAGGUUUGGGUCAAAUAUUUGCCGGUAUUGUCGCCAUGAUUUGUGUUGCUGGAUACAAGGACGACUUGAUUGGAUACUCAAAGGAUACCGGAUGCCAUGGACCUUGUGUUAAAGCAUGUGAUCAAAUGUGGAGAAUUGUUAUUGGCUUUGGCUGUGUUCCUGGUUGUAUCGCAUUGUAUUAUCGUUUGACAAUUGCUGAAUCCCCAAGAUAUGCCUUGGAUAUGGAUGAAGAAGGAAAUCUCAAGAAGCCAGAAAACGCUGCAAUUGAAGAAAUCGGCGAUGACGUUCAAAUUGAAGUCCCAAAAGCCUCCUUUAAAGAUUUUAUCGGACAUUUCGGCCAAUGGAAAUAUGGUAAGAUCUUAUUAGGAACCGCAGGUAGUUGGUUCAUGUUGGAUGUAGCCUAUUAUGGUUUGGGAUUGAACACGACCACUAUUUUGCAAGCCAUUGGAUACGCUGGGGAUUCCAACAUUUAUUGGAAUUUCUACAACAGUGCCGCUGGUAACUUGAUUUUGGUAUGUGCCGGCUCCUUACCAGGCUACUGGUUUGCAGCAGCCACUAUAGAUACGGUUGGUAGGAAACCACUUCAAAUAUUUGGAUUCAUCAUUUUGACAAUCAUUCUCUGUAUCAUGGGUUUCGGAUAUCACAAAAUCGGCGAGAAAGGUCUUCUAGCAUGUUUCGUUUUGGCACAAUUCUUUGAAAACUUUGGACCAAACACAACCACAUUUGUGGUUCCAGGAGAAUCAUUCCCAACUCGUUAUAGAAGUACUGCUCAUGGUUUGUCUGCCGCAAGUGGUAAGGUUGGUGCUAUUAUUGCUCAAACUUGUAUUGGUACCCUUCAAAACCACAAUUGUGCUAGAGACGGAAAAGCAAAAAACUGUUGGUUGAACCAUGUCCUUGAAAUCUUUGCAUUAUUCAUGUUGUUGGGAGUCUUUACCAGUUUGUUGAUUCCUGAGACCAAGAGAAAGACAUUGGAAGAAAUUUGUGAGCAAUAUCACGAUGAAGUGGACCUCACUACAGUCGCUAGAGACAAGUUUGAAACUGCUGUCGUUGAAUCUUCUGAUGAGAAACAAUGA